AUGGUGUGGGUCUUUGACCUUGGCUUCCCCAUGGGUAGCCUUCUCACUGCACUGGUGUUGGCCUCCUGCCUCAUCUUGGGUGUCUCCAGCCAGACGGCCAACAGCUUCAAAGACAGCACCAUCCCUUUGGAGAGUCUGGGGCAAGAUCAAACUUACAGAAUCCUUCAGGCAGGCGUCUUCCCAGAUCUUAUAGUCCCCUCCAACAAGUCAAAAGACUUUCCUGGGGAUUCCAUCACACAGGCUCCACCAGCGGUCAUGUGUACUAAGCCAACAGAAAUCCGGGAAGCCUUCAAAUACAUCAACACAUUUGUCUCUUGUACUAUCUUCAUAGUGGGGAUAAUUGGAAAUUCCACACUGCUAAGGAUCAUCUAUAAGAAUAAGUGCAUGAGAAACGGACCCAAUGUCCUCAUCGCCAGCCUUGCUCUUGGAGACCUUUUCUACAUCCUCAUUGCUUUGCCCAUUAAUGUGUAUAAGCUUCUUGCAGAAGAUUGGCCUUUUGGUGUACAGGUGUGUAAACUGGUGCCAUUCAUACAGAAGGCCUCUGUAGGCAUUACCGUCCUCAGCCUUUGUGCGCUCAGUAUAGACAGGUACCGAGCUGUGGCUUCCUGGAGUCGGAUCCAAGGCAUCGGGAUCCCCAUGUGGAAGGCAGUGGAAGUGACUUUCAUUUGGGCACUGGCCAUCAUCCUGGCUAUCCCCGAAGCCAUUGCUUUUGACUUGGUGAAACUGAAUUACCGUGAACAGAUUCACUGGGUUUGCUUGCUGGCCCCGGAGCAAAAAUCCAGUUUUAUGAUGUUUUACAAGGACGUGAAAGACUGGUGGCUCUUUGGAUUCUACUUCUGCUUGCCUUUGGCCUGCACAGGGGUCUUCUAUUCCCUCAUGUCCUGCGAGAUGUUGAGCAAGAGCAAUGGCAUGAGACUGGCCCUCAAUGAUCACAUGAAGCGGCGCCGGGAAGUGGCCAAGACAGUGUUCUGUCUGGUGGUAAUCUUUGCCCUCUGCUGGCUUCCUCUCCAUCUCAGCAGGAUCCUCAAGAAAACCAUCUAUAACCCACAAGAUGCUGAUAGAUGCGAGCUGCUUAGUUUCCUUCUGGUAAUGGAUUACUUUGGCAUCAACAUGGCCUCUCUCAAUUCCUGCAUCAACCCUGUGGCUCUCUAUUUUGUCAGUCGGAAAUUUAAGAACUGCUUUCAGUCCUGUCUUUGUUGCUGGUGCCAACGGCCAGCACUUAGCAUCCUACCAACAGAUGAUAAGGGCUCCGUGGGGAAAUGGAAAGCCAAUGGGCAGGAACUCGACAGGAGCAGCUCUCAUCUUAGUAACAAGUGCAGUUCAUCUUAGAUCCAGGAAGAAACAAGAUGAAGACAUUUCAUUGGAAUUCUGAGACAGACAUCUUGGAUGCUGGGACUUUGGUUUGGGGUAUUCCUCUUGAAUUCACCUUUCUUCCCUAGGGGCAGGAGGUCUCAAUCAUCUGACUUCAGACACAAUCCUUUAAAAAUCCUUGCUAAAUGUUGUUUUCCUCUUCUAUUUUUCCUCUUUUUGAUCUUUUAAUGAUCACCUUCUCCUCUUCCUUACUUAUUCCUCCUUAUGGAAUAAAAAUUUGUUUAGGACCAUAAGAAUGGGCAUGAUCCAGACUCUUCUGCCUUGCAUCACCAAGCAGAAGCAGCUAGGGGGUGAUACUGGGCAGGAGAAAACAGAAAAGGGUAGGGGUUGACCCAUACCUGAAAAAUGGUGCUAUUCCCAAUGAGCAUUGCUUGUCAUAGUCACAUCAUCCAGGCUUCAGGAUCAUAAAAUGUGAUUUCCUAUUAAGCUACGCUUUAUACCUUUAAGUAGGUAGGAAGAUGGAAUCUCUUGGACUACCCAUUUUCCUUUCCAAGAAAGUGCAGUGCAAUUCAUAGUUCAUCUGCAACUGAGAUUACAUCAAAAUGACAGUAUGCACACAGUAACACCUUAAUGCAAACUUGCGUCCCAAAGUCUGGCAUAAAUAUGUAAGUGAUCUUUUUUGUGCAAUGUUGCAACAUUUAAUCACAUCAUCCAUUCCCUUCCUUCCCAGUGAAUGCCCACGAUGUAGUUGGACAAUGUCAUAACGUAUUCUUGUGAUGAAGCUGAAGACCAAUAAGACUUAGUUUGAAAUUCCCAGUCAACCCUGGAGCUCACUGGGUGAUUUUAGGCCAAGUACUUCUCUCUCUGCUUAGCCUACCUCACACGGUUCUUGUAGUGGGGAUAAAACAUGGGAAGACCCAUAGCAGGUGCUUUAAGAUCCUAGAGGAAAAGUGGGAUAUAAAUGUGAUGUAAUACCAAUAAUGGCAGAGUAGAAUGAUCAUUGGGUGUAGAGGUGUCUGGAGAAUAGCCUUGAAGAAGGUAUGCAACAGCUGUUACAAAAGCAUCAGCUUAACCCAGAAAAACAGGAGUGAGUGAGAAUGAAACUCAAGAUUGCCUACCUUGACUCUCUAUGCUAUAAGAAGGGGGGGAGAGAGAAACUCUCUCUGGCUUUCCAGAUUGAUGACAGUCCAAUCCAAGUAGGUCAUGUCAGGAAAUAGACUCUACAAGAAAUACUGGAACUGUACUUCAUUGUUAUAGAGGUUAAUAAACUUGAGAUAUCCUAGAAGAACGCAUCACCCAAGAAGCUGAAGAGCUUGGGGCUAAUCUCAUAUGAUCCAACUGGAUGCCCAACUCACUAAUUGUUGGUGGAACCAUGGUUGACUAGAAUCCAAGUUAACAAAGCCAUAAACUAACAACAUAAAUUAUCCAUCAUAGUGAGCCACAACAGCUUUCCGACAUGUUGCAUGAACCUAGCAAGAACAAGGAUGACAGCAAAUCCAAACAAAAGCCCUGUUUGAGAAGGAGGUAUGCCUUUAGGAGCAUAUGGCUUUCCCUAUCAGCAUUUUACCUGGGAAGAGUCCUUGACACAGAUAGAGUAAGGAUUAGGGCUUUAUUAAGUCUCUAGGAGAGGGCAUCCAGGCAGAAUCUCAGUUGCUCCUGUGUGGUGGUUGGUGAAAUUCUUUCAGUAGGUUUCCUUCUCAAUUAGCAUUCCAUAAGAUUGUUGACUUUAUUUCGUAAUGCAUUAUUUUGUAGGAUCCUGUUUGUUAAUGCUAAAAUCCAAGCAGUCAUUGGGGUCUCCUGGCCUCUACUACAUAUUAUCAAUGUAUUAUAUGUCCUUUUUCCCAUUCUUCAUAAGGGCAUUUCUGAUCAUAGACUUCCUUCCCUAGCUUGGAGCCUUCCAGAUGUCCGAUAUUCCCAGCUAGCAUGACCAAGGGCUUCAAAGUAGAGACUAUUUUAGUCCUUGUUCAAACCACUUCUUAACCACAGGUGACUUUUGCUUAAUGUUAUGUGGUUAGGAAAUGUAACUCCUAUGUAUAUACGAGAGUAACUUGCAAUCUUUGGGGAGGGAGCCACUGCUGUUCUGUCAAUGGUGGAAAAAUGAAAUGUAGAACAAAGAUCUCAGAAAGCUUAACUUUCUUUCUGAAAAGCAAGUUUCUUGUCACAUGGCAGUCCAUGUAUGUUAUGUCGGGUAAUUCUGCCAAGAUCUUGGAAGCCUGAGAGGCAGAAUGUGCGUGUAUUGAAAUGAAAUUACUGAACUAAGUUCGAGGGCUUUGGAUGACUUGGACUGGUUACAUCCUGUACCUUGACCAUUGUUCCAUUCUGGGUUUUCACUCAUUGUUUCCACAAUCCUAUCUCAAGCCAGCCACAUUGAAAAAAUGGAGCCAGCAAGCACCAUUAGGGUAGAGUGGUACACAUGUUAAGAAAAAUACACAACCCAAAACUCCCUUUUCUCCUAUCAAGGCAGGGGAGCAAAAACUGAUAAUCUGCAUGUGACUUUGGAAGACCUUUCAAAAGUUGCCACCAAAUAUUACUCUUUAGUGUCAUGAAUCCCGAAAGAAACACUGCACGUUUUACAGAAUCCCUCCCUUUUACUACUCCAGAAGCAUGUAUAUAUGUAUGCAUGUAUGCCCUGUCCCCUUAGUGCACACAUUUUAGUAUGUUUCCAACCUAUGAGCUGAAAUCACCCAAGAUGUGCAUUGUUCUACUGCACAUCUAUCUCUCUCCCUCACCCCCAUCCCUUUUAUACAGGCAGCUUUGCUCUCAUUUCGUUCCUCAUAUUAGGACAGUGUUUCUCAACCU